UGGUGUGUCCGUGUUUACACUUACUGCUUUAUCAGGCGAUCGUUACUUUGCAAUUGUGGAUCCCCUAAGAAAAUUCCAUGCUCAUGGUGGUGGAAAGCGUGCAACUCGCAUGACUAUUGCAAUUGCGGUUUUUAUUUGGAUUUUAGCCAUUUUAUGCGGCUUACCGGCGCUGAUUGGAACUUAUGUGAAAAAAAUCGAAAUUAAUAGGAACAAAUCAUUUUCACUCUGUUAUCCUUUCCCUGAGGAAUGGGGCAUGCAAUAUGCCAAAACAAUGGUAAUGUUAAGGUUUUCGGUCUACUAUGCUAUACCACUCAUCAUAAUUGGAGUAUUUUACGCACUGAUAGCCAAACAUUUGAUGUUUACAGCCAGUAUACCGGGCGAGAUGCAAGGUGCUGUUAGACAGGUUCGAGCUAGACGUAAGGUUGCUGUAACCGUUUUGGCUUUCGUAGUGAUAUUCGGCAUAUGCUUUUUGCCAUAUCACGUCUUCAUGCUGUGGUUUUAUUAUUGGCCCACUGCACAGGAAGAUUACAAUUCUUUUUGGCAUAUUUUGCGAAUUGUCGGGUUUUGCAUGUCAUUUGCAAACAGCUGCGCAAAUCCUGUGGCACUGUACUUCGUCAGUGGAGCCUUUCGCAAACAUUUUAAUAGAUAUCUCUUCUGUCAAGGCACAAAUGUUAAUAACAAAAAACGUCACCAACAUGACACACUUUGCAUGCAUCGGAACACUUCCUUGACCAGCACCGCAUCGAAACGCUAUCAGUCGAGACAUUCCUGCCAUCAUCAGAGCACGAUAAGAAGGUUAGUAUUCAAUAUUCAUCAAUAGGCAGUACAUACUGAGAAAUCACAAAUUUUUUAUAUUGAUUUUUGUCUUUGUCAUUCUGUUUGCAUAAAAGCCGCUUACAGGACACAACCAUAACCAUGAUACCAAACGGUAGCAAAAAUGGCGCCGGAAGUGCUACCACCGACAUAAGCGAUUAUUGCUCACA